UACUCAGUAGCACCAUGACUUUAAUAUUAUCACAUGUACAGUACAUGACACAACUUCUAUCAAAACAAUUCAAACACAGAACAUUGUACUACUUGACCACCUGGACUGGUAAUGAUAAAAGUGUGUUGGUUGGUUUCGAAUGAUUGAAGUUAAAUGUGCCACAUAUGCCACGUGCAUACUAAAACAGUCACUUACCACCAAGUAAUGUGCAGUUUUACAUUUUUUAAACUGAGCUUAUGUUAAAAAAUAAAAUUAAACUUGCAAAUUUACGAGUGCUUCAGUACCCACCUAAAUGAGUUGACAAGGCAUGUACACAGAGUGUUAAUUAUCGCUCAAUGGAUUUGUGAAACAAAGCUCUGGAUAAUUUAGCCUUUUGUUGUUGAAGCAUCUUCAUAUUUAACAGAAAGGACCAGUACAAAAUCACCGGUUCCAUCUCAUUCAUGCUUUUAUUUUUUUGAAAUAAAUCUUUCCGGUGUGUGUUAGUAAGCGUUUUGUCGGUCCACUUGACUCAGCGGGGAUGUCUCAUGGCAGAGCUCGGAGUAGUUUAACAGAAAUCGCAAAGUCUUUGCAAAACUUCGGCGAGGGCGGUUUUCCGAUCUCGCGUCUGGAAGUGAGUUGAUCCGCGGCUGCCGAGUUCCCAGACAUGGAGCCCGGCCCGUCGUACUUGGCAUCGGUGCGUCGCUUGAAGUUGGCUGAGUCCAGCGGCGGUUCAACGCGACCACACCCUCCCCGCUUCCUCAUAGCGCCACUUUGAAUCUCCGGGAACAACGGCCACUUCUCCCGAAGCCAGUUUUGAUAUCGAUUUGAUUCUUUUUGCGAGUUCGGAGGAGGUUACGCCGCCGCCGCCUGGUCUCGCACUCGGAUUACAUGUCGGACCAACACCGAGCGGCGCCAAGGACUCGGUGGACGAAAGACGACAGUGCAUAUGGCUAUCGUGCAACCCGGCCUUGUGUUUGAAGGAGACCACGUUGAAAGUGGACGGACUUUAAUUCAUGAAAGGAUGGCGCAGAAGGUCCGCAAGUGCUCGCCGGAUGGUGCCCCGUCCCUAACCACCAUGAAUAGCCCAGACUUUAUGGGAGCCAGUCGGCCAAGGCGCUGUUCUCGCUCAGCCCUCGUUCGAGUGGACAUAAAAUGAUAUCCUAUUGAAUAAAAACGGAAAGAGACUCCACUUAGUGAUCUAAAAUAUUUGCCAUUCAUCCACCCCCGAAUAGUCACAGAUCAGUAUAAUCUUUCAUUUUACUAAAUGGCACAGAAGCAGCUCCUCUAACUUAAUUUAAUGUGGAAAUUUGUUUGUAUUUUAUUUCUGUAUUAUUUUUUUUUCAUGAGUUUCGCACUUUGCCUUUUGGUAGGCAUUUAGUUGGCACUGCAGUUUGUGUGAUUUAGUUUGAAGUUCAACCUGUGACUUUGUUUUCCACGUACGUUGUACAAGAGCUUGAGACUUGUGAUACUUUCAUUUUGAAUUCAGGGCAUUUAUACAAAUGGGCCAGAAUAAGUGUGAAUACAGUAAGUCAUAUUUUGAAAUGACUGAGCUAAAUAUUUGGGGCACAGUGGGAAAGUCAUUCCAAUAAUGGAGUAAUUUUGUUUACCAUAAAAUUGUAACUCCAGUGCAUCAUCAUAAAAUGUACAUUCAGUUGCCAUAUUGUGAAGGAAUAUAAGGAAGACUUUUGGCCAGUUUUUUUUUUUUUUUCCUUGAGAGACUUUUAACUUGCACUGGGUUUAUAUGGAAAUGUUUUAAACAGAACAAUGUAGUUUGAGUUUGCAGCAACAGCGGAAAACUAUAAAUAAACCUGUCAAAAGAUCAUUUUGACCACCCCCUCCCCACUUCCCCUCCCUUAUUAUGGCUAGUGGUGGCUCUGGCAAAUCAGCCAGUGACGGAUCCACCAGCACACCUAGUGGAAGUCUUCAGCAGAGAAAGCGUCUUUCGUCUAUCUGCGACACAUGUAAGGGCAAGAUGCAGCUGGUGGCUGACCUCCUGCUGCUGUCCAGCGAGACCAGGCCAGUCAUGACUUCCGAGGGCGUGGCGGUGGCCGACACGUUCGACCAGUGUCGUGACACGGUCAUUGCACGGACUAAAGAACUCUCUAUUCUCACCCAUGACAUCCAAAGCCAGCUCAACAUGGGCCGAUUCACAGAGGUGGGGGACCGACUGUCGGAGAUGGCUGAUCUGGUGGUUUCUUUGACUGAGUGCUCCGCCCACGCUGCCUAUCUUGCAGCGGUAGAAACCCCCGGCUCGCAGCCCUGCUUGCCCGGCCUUGUGGACCGUUACAAAGUUACCCGUUGCCGGCACGAGGUUGAACAAAGCUGCAGUGUCCUCCGCGUCAUGCCGCUGUUGGAUCUCACUCCCCAACUACUCCUUGAGCUCUCCCAGAACAUAUCCACCAACCUCAAGACUCUGACCGACAUCUCGUCGCAGGCCAGUGAAAGGUCCAGGGAGCGCUUUGGAAAAGAGCAGUUCAAACUGAGUGUCAAGAGCAUGAGCACCAGUGGCACUGCCUUCCUGGCUUGCGUAAAAGAGGUCAAAACUCAGCCCAGCGAACUGACAAGAAAUCGUUGCGUCCUCUUCAGUGCCGCUCUGGUCCAAGCCGUCAACGCACUGGUUGGCUUUGCCACGGAGCCUCAGUUCCUGGGGAGAGCUGCGAGUCUCUCCGCUGAAGGGAAGGGUGUACAGACUGCAGUGUUAGGGGGCGCCAUGAGCGUUGUUUCAGCCUGUGUCCUUCUCACCCAGGGACUCAGGGAUGUCGCCCAGCACCCGGAGAGCAGCUCCAGAAUGGCCGACUACCGGGAGCGCCUACGGAACUCGGCGUGUGCUGUGUCAGAUGGCUGCACCCUACUCACGCAGGCGCUCAGGGAGCGCUCAUCUCCAAGGACUCUGCCGCCAGUCAACUCUCAUUCUGUGACUUAGUUCAGGGAGAGCCAGUGUCAUUUCUGCUCCAACUAUGUCCUGUUUGAACAUACCAAAGAGACUUACACCUACACCCUACUAUUCAGGAUUAGAAAAGGUUAAAAAAAUGUGCAUGGAAGUCUGUUGUCUGUUCCUGAAGUGCGCUGGAACAGCGAUGAGCAAGUGCUCUGCAGGGUUUUGUGUCACGCUGGAUGUGACUUUAACCCGGCUAAUCAGGCCACUUUGCCAGGUUUGGGCCAAAGCGGGCACAGCUCCCUUCCCUGCUCUUCACAAACUGACAGCACCUUCCUAUCCUGAAAAGUUUACCUCAGUUUUCAGCUCUGGUGAAAAUGCCAACCUUGACGUUGGAUGGAUGUAGCCUUGCUCUGUGAACCAAUGAUUGACUGUGCUUUGGAAGCUUGGUAGGACUGACAAGUGUCUGAUUUUUUUUUUUUUUUUUCUUAAUACGUGUGAAUCCCUACUUGGUAAAAGCUGCUGUGAGUGUGCCAUUGGUUUUUACACAUUAUUAGACUUAAAAUAGUACUUUAAUGUGUUUGAUCAUGCAUGUAAUGGAGUAUUUAUUUCAACAAUUAAAAGUGUUUCUUA